AAAAAAUUAAAAUUUCAAAAAAUAAUAAUUAAAAACUUUAAAUAACUCGAUAAUUAAGCUAUAUUACUAAGAUUGCAAUACAAGAAUGGAUUACGAAUGCGAAAUAAGUCUUCUAAGGAGCAAAAGAAAGCACGUGACAUUAACAAUUCAAGAGAAACUGGAUAUAAUAAAUCUAGUUGAAUCAGGUAGUUGCUCGAGACAAACGAUAGCAAAUAGAUAUGGAAUUGGAAAAUCCACAGUACAUGAUAUUCAUAAACGCAAAGAUAUUCUUAAAAAUUUCGCAAUCCAGAAUUCAACGGAAGUAGCUAAGAGAAGACGAGUAGAUAUUAAACUAGAGAGCAGUAAACCUGAUGAAAGCUAUCUCUAUAAAGAGGAAUCAAAUGGAAUCGUUGAAACACUUGUUGAAAAUUUUGAUCAUGAAGAAUUCGAUUAUAAUGAUGAAGAAUAUGAGAUUGUGUACGAGCCAGUUUUAUGCAAUAGCGAUGAAAUGAUCAACACAAAGCCAAUGAUCGUAACCCCUUUAAAACAUCUUAACGAAAGCAGUGCUAAAAGAAAAUCAAAAACGCUUACAUUAAAGGAGAAACAUGAUAUUCUGAUUCAACUGGAUGAAGGAAAGUCAGUUUCUGCGAUAAUUAAUAAAUAUGGCAUUGGACGGACUACGUUAUAUGAUUUAAAGAAGCAGAAGCAAAAGGUUUUUGAGUAUAUAGAAAAUUCAUCAGGCGAAUCUCGACGUACAUUCAAAAAGUCAAAUUAUCCCGAAAUUGAGGAUGGCUUACUAUAUUGGUGCUAUACACAAGAUGAUUUCACAGAACAAGAGUUUUUCGAAAAGUACAAGCAACUUUUUGUACAAUUAAAGUCGAACAAUUCACGCAUUCAAACUCCUUUUACUGGAAGUUGGUCUUGGUGUAAAAGAUUCUUUGAACGACAUCCAGAAUACAAGAAAAAGUUGACAGCAUCCAGUAAACAUUUGAGAGCUUCAUUUAAGCAAGAAAGUGGAAAUAAGACAAGUGAUAGUGAAAAGUUCUAUAGUGAAACAGAAAGUUUUAUGGACGAUGAGCCAGAUAUCAUUAAAAAUACUCCAAACAAGAAAAAUGUCAAUUAUUUAAGGCUCGAUCAGAAAAUGCAAAUACUUGAUGAAGUCUCUGCUGGAAAGUCAAUUUCAGAUGUGACAACAGACUUUAAUAUCUCAAAAUCAACAGUUUUUGAUAUCAUUAAGAAGGAAAAAGUGAUUCGACAGCAAAGCUCAAACCACGAAAAUGUCUUAAAACGAAAAGUGAUUAAACAGAAGCCUCAGAUAGACAAGCAACUAGUCACUUGGUGUCUAGAUCAAGAAAUCUUCCCAAAUUAUAUUUCAAUUACCAAUAAAGCUUUGGAGCUUUUUGAAUCUAUGGGCAUUAAAGAUUUCAAUCCAACAGGAUGGACCGAAAAGUUCCUCGAAAGAAAUCCUGAAUUAAGUAAAAAGUAUGAAGAAAGCAACACAAAAAGCAGCAGCACAUCAAUAUGUGAAAUUACUGAUGCUGACCAGGAAAAUUCAAUUGAAAAUGUCGAUGAUGAAUCUUUAGAGUUUAUUGAAGCUGAUUUCUUGAAAUCGGACCCAAAAAUCGCCGAGAACGAUGAGUAUGGCAAUGAAUACAUUAUUGAGGAACUAGACGAGAACAAUUUGGAUGAAUUUGAAUCUCAAAAUGGUUACGAGCAGGAACAAAAAGAGACAAAACUAAAAGAUGAAUCAAUCGUGACUGAAGAAGAAGCUUUGAGUAGCUUGAAAGUACUAAUUAAAUAUGCAGAACAGAAAGGACAUGAUGAAAUAUCGCGGCUUCUAUUAGAAUAUCAGGAAAUAAUUGAGGAGGAGAAUCAACGUGUUUCCGAUACUUAAAACUUCAUAUUUUUACUGCAUCAGACUGAAUAGCUUUAAAGAAAUGGAUAUUGUAAAAACUGUGCCAUUUACUGACUUAUAUAAAUUGCCUGUUGACUUACAUUUUAAGGUCAUUUAUCCCAUUUUAUGAUAUUCUUACUUUCUGACUCAUUUUAUGUUCGGCAAUUUAGGUAAAUUGUUUCGGUAUCGCUCGCAUGUUUCACACGUUUCUUGAAGUAUUGAAGCAAUUUUUUUUUAUCAUUUCACUUUCGUUCUGUUGUCUCGUGGUCA